CGUGUUUUGGUUGACAAUAUCUGAAGUGUAAACAUCCAUUAAAAAUCAUGAAGAGCUCCAAGACAGUCGGAAACAGUCGACCCCGAGAGACAUUUGUCUUCAAGUACAGCCUCUCUGCUGUUGCUGCAGUUGUCGCAGAGUCGGUGACCUACCCACUCGACCUGACCAAGACCCGACUCCAGAUCCAGGGGGAGAUGGCUUUCCAAACUGACCAAGGUCGACCUCCGGCCCAUCGGGGCAUGUUGGCAACAGCUGCUGGUAUUGUGAAAGAAGAAGGUGUCCGUAAACUGUGGCAAGGUGUUACCCCUGCUCUCUACAGACAUAUAGUGUAUACGGGAUGCAGAAUGACAUUCUAUGAAAUCCUCCGAGACAAAGUUUUUGGUAAAAACCCUGAUGGCACUUUGUCAGUGUGGAAAGCAUCGCUGGCUGGGGUGAUCGCUGGUGCUGCAGGUCAGUUUGUGGCCAGUCCAACUGAUCUAAUCAAGGUACAGAUGCAGAUGGAGGGCAAACGCAAAUUGGAAGGCAAGCCGCCGAGAGUGAAAAAUGCAGGUCAGGCAUUUCGUCAGAUCUUGAAGGAGAGCGGAGUUCGAGGACUGUGGCGGGGCUGGAUACCCAAUGUACAGAGGGCAGCACUUGUCAACAUGGGAGAUCUUGCAACAUACGACACUGCCAAACACAAGAUCCUUGCUCACACAAGCCUUGAGGACAACUAUAUGACGCAUACGCUAGCAAGUGCAUGUUCGGGGGUUGUAGCAGCACUGGUGGGUACGCCAGCUGAUGUUGUGAAGUCACGAGUUAUGAACCAGCCCACAGAGAAUGGCAGAGGUCUGGUGUACAAAGGGUCAGUUGACUGUGUAAUAAAGACUGUAUCUCAGGAAGGAUUCUUUGCUUUAUAUAAAGGACUGCUGCCUAUUUGGGCAAGAAUGGCUCCCUGGUCCUUGGUGUUCUGGCUGAGUUAUGAGCAGGUUCGCAAGAUGACAGGAGUGAAGUCCUUCUGAGCUCCACUGAGCUCACUCACUCACUCACUCACUCACUCACUCACUCACUCACUCACUCACUCACUCACUCACUCACUCACUCACUCACUCACUCACUCACUCAAACCCACCCACCCAUCCACUCACUCACAAGCUGAAACAUAUCCACCAUGACCUGCUCUUGGAAGACAGCUGACAGAAGGCAGCAUGUGAUGCACAUUCUGCACACUAGCAUACACUGGCAGGAUCCAGUUUACGCUAAAAAGGCUGGCAUGAUCCAGUUUACACUAAAAUACACUGGUAUGAUCAUGUGACAUGAAAAUACACUGGUAUCAAGGCAAAACUAAAAUGCACUGGUAUGAUCCAUUAUUCACUAAACUACACUGGCCUAAACAAGGAUUUCAUCUGAAGAAUGGGAGUCAUGAUUACUCACUGCAUAUUGUUUGAGAGUCAGAAACACAAUUGAGAGUCAUGUAUUGCUCACAAACAAUAAUUCUGUUGAUUGAAACAUGUUAUGAAAUAAUGAAGCAAUUGACUUUACAUUAGUCUCUGACUGAUAUUAAAUCAUUAGCUUGAAGUAUGACUCAUUAAAAAUGAUUCGAAUAUUUUGAGUGAAAGUAUGUAAAAUAUAUCCUACCCUGUGGUCCAGUUCACACUAACAUGACCUGUUUGUAAAGAUCAAUAAUUUAAUAUUGAUUUUGUCCUGUUUUGGAAUGCAGUAAUAUAACAGAGUGUAUUAUGCUUCAAAAUAUAUUGGAGUUACUUGAAUUGUGACUUUGAUGAGAAGGUUAUGAUUGAGUCAUAAUUAGUUAUAGAUUCUUUGAAAACACAAGGAAUUUAUGAAAUAAUGCAUCUUGAGUGAAAAUUAUUUCACACUCAAUAUAGAUGUCAUUUUCAAAUGAAAUAUGAAUUUAUUAACAUGAUUUUAUGCUGUGGAGUAGGAUUUCUCAGUCAGAAUUAUUGUUUAUUCUGUGUGUUACUGCCUCAAUUAUCCAUGUACAGUUUUAUGAGGAGGUAGCUAAAAUGAAUUAUCAUCGAUCAUGACAAAGUGAGAUGCAUGUUUGAAAAUCCAUCGUUGUUAUUUUUAGAAGAGCUAGUUUCUAGUUUCUGACCUGUCUGAUAUUUGUGAUAUCUACUAUUUGGGAUUUCUGAGUGGCAUUUAAUCGUUGGAUAUGUAGCUGAUGACAAGAUAGUAUGGGGGAUCAUCUACUAACUAACAAAUGUGUUCCAGUAGAGAUCCAUCUCUACCAUUGUACAAAGGAAGUUGUUCAGUCAUACUAUCUCUUCAUCAGUUGGAGACUGACUAGUUAAUUUGUGGUAUGGGGGAAGAGAUGUUUUUUGUUAGAGUAAAAAUAUUUUUUAAAUCACUGCAUCAAGACAUACAAAAGAGAUUAUAUUUUAUUUCAGGGCAUCCAAUAAACCUGAAGCCAUAUGAUUUUUCUCAAGUACUUUCUUUCAAAUUAUUAUAUAUUUUUUAGAUCCUAGCCCCAUCUAACCAAAUAUCAAUUGGUCAGUCCCUCCUGCUCGUAAGAAGUUAUUUCUUCGUGUUCAUGUGAACAGAAUAUUUGUAGUUCCUUCCAAUACGUAGCUACAAGAGCUCAUGAUGUGUUGUCCUAUUGCUUGCUGUGCCAGAGUAACACGCCUACAGGCACUGUCUUGUAACCUGGAGAGUGCUGACAGGAAGUGUUCGAGCUACACGAUAAGCCAUGUGAUAUUGUUACAGGAAACUGCUGUGUCUGCAGUAAUUAAAACCAGCUGAUUAUGUAUGCAGCAAUUGUCCAUAUGUGCAAUGAAGUAUGCCAAAUAUAUAUGUGUAUCAAUUGUCUGUAGUUAUUGCAUGGCUGCUGUUCAUGUGUGUAUUAAUUGUCCAAAGGUAUAUAAAUUUUCUGUGUUUCGGGGCGGUGGGGUAGCCUAGUGGUUAAUGUUGCCAAAAGCGGCAUAAAACCAUACUCAUUCCAUGGGUGUUUCAGAUGUUCAUAUGUGUAGCAUUUGACUAUUGUGCAUAACAAUUCUACACACAUAGCAAAUGUCCACAUGCAUAGCAAUUCUCCACAGGUAAAGCAAUUCUCCACAUGUAUAGCAAUUGUCCACAUGUAAAGCAAUUGUCCACAUGUAUAGUAAUUGUCAACAUGUAAAGCAAUUGUCCAUAUGUAAGCAUAGCAAUUGUCCACAUGCAUAGCAAUUGUCCACAGGUAAAGCAAAUGUCUGCAUAUAAAGCAAUUGUCCACAUGUAUAGCAAUUGUCUACAUGUAAAGCAAUUGUCCACAUGUAAAGCAAUUGUCCACAUAUAAAGCAAUUGUCCACAUGUAUAGCAAUUGUCAACACGUAAAGCAAUUGUCCACAUGUA